AGUGGUGGGAUGCAAAGAUCCUCACCGAUGACACCAUUAAUGAGUUGUCGUGUGAUCCAAACAUCCUCAUCAUGGACACCAUUACUGAGAACCAUCUGAAUAUGAAAGUUUUUAAUUGUCAUAUUGAGCAUCCAUUUCCCAUAGAGCCACCUGCAGAGGCUGCGUCUCCACCUCCCCAACCUCUUAAAAUGACAAAGGAGGAACGGAAGAAACUGCGAACUCUAAGGCGUGUGGCAAAAGAAAUGGAGAAACGGGAGAUGAUUAGUCAAGGAAGGGUUGAACCACAAAAAUCAAAGGUGAAAAUGAGCAACCUAAUGAAGGUUCGUGCGUCUGAAGCAACGCAAAACCCAACCAAGCUUGAAAAAGAGAUCCGCACAGAAGCUGCUGAGCGUGAACAAGCUCACAUGGAUAGGAACGUAGCGAGGAAGCUAACUCCUGCAGAGAAACGUGAGAAGAAAGAAAGGAAGCUUUUUGGUGAUCCAACGACAGUUGUUGAGACGAUUGUGUCGGUGUACAAGAUCAACAAGAAGCUAUCGGAUCCGAAAACAAGAUUCAAAGUGAGGAUGAAUGCAAAACAGAACAUAUUAACAGGGUUUAGUGUGAUGAUGGAUGGAAUGAGUGUUGUUGUGGUUGAGGGUAAGAGAAAAGCAAUAAAUAGGUACGAGAAGCUGAUGCUGAAGCGUAUAAACUGGGAAGAAGCAGAGAAGAAGGAAGAUGAAGAAGAGAAUGGUGGAAACAAGUGUUGUUUGGUUUGGCAAGGAAGUGUUGAGAAACCGAGUUUUCAUAGGUUUCAUGUACAAGAGUGCUUGACCAAAUCCGAUGCCAAGAAAGUUUUCAAUGAUGCUGGUGUUGCUCACUAUUGGGAUCUUGCUCUCAAUUACUAA